AUGGCGACAUCGCUACAAAAGGUCGAACCCAAAGCCUCCGCGCUCUUAUUGCCGUACGAGAUCGAACUCUACAAACGCUGGCGCCAGUCCGCCUUUGAUAUCGCCAUCGAAGACGAUGACGACAUCCUCCUGCCCACCGCAUUUGAGUACAUGGAUUUCGUAGAGUGGCGCGCCAGACAAUGCGAAAAACUCGAUGGGACUUCAGAAGCGGAGAAGAAGUCGCCAGAUCCAAGAUUCGCGGGAUACGCACUGGCGGAGCGAUGUGGACACCCGCUACACCCCGGAGAUCCACGUCCAGAUGCUCAACGGCAACAGGAGAAUGGGGAAGAGGAAGAAGGCGAGGAGCAUGAGGAUAUCGCAUGGUGUUCAAUGUGCGUAUUGCAGAUUCAUCUCAAACUGCUUGGCGAGCUCUGGGACAAGUGGCUGGACUCUGGUGGCCCAUGGCGCCUCUUGCGUCCCGGCUCGACAGUGGAGGGCUUCCACAGUAGCAAGCGAGCGUACUAUAAGCGAAAGACCGACUUGAUCAACGAUGUUGAUAGCUUGGAGGACAUCGCGCGUUUGGAAGCUGCCUGGGAGGCUGCGCAUCCUGCUGCGGACGUUGAGGUCGUGCAUCCCUACAGCGCUAGAACAGCAGUGGAUGUAUACGCGAAGGGUGUUCAAUUUCCUGCACGCUUAGCAAACGCCGAUGACAGUGCUCUACGAACUCCAGCAUCUAAGAGCAAGAAUAAGCGCCUUUCGUAUUCCCCAGACACACCAGAGGAUACCCGUCAUCGCUCAAGUACCUUCUUUGCCCGAAAGUGCAUAGCCUAUGAUGCAAAUUCCCAGUAUCGUUGUCCUGACGAUGAAGGAUGGGCCGAAACCUCGUUCAUGAGCAGCUGGGAGUACAAUGUACGACAGUGUCGCACACUGCUUUGCGAUAAAGACCCUUCCCAACAAGAUCCUUCCCAACCGACUGUUGUCUAUCGCGAAGUCACCGAUGACGUGUCAAAGGACAACCUCAUCAAGGGUAUCGAAGAAUGGCUCGGCAAGAUGGAGGAUGACUGGAAGCAGCCCUGGAUCGAUUCCUUGCUUAACACAACCGACAUCUUCGUUGUCUGGAAUGACUCAUCCUUUGAUGAUGCAUGCGACAACGACUUCAACAACUGGGACAGGGUCGAAACACUUGUAGGAACCAGCCUGGAGAUCCAUGCGCGACUGAUUGGUGAUAUCAGAGAGGAAGAUUUGGAAACAGAGCAGGGCCAGUCGAGCGCUGAUGCCCAACCACUUGAAGGAGAAGACGUUGAAGACUUUUUCGACCAAGACUUUCUCGCGCCUGAGUCUGAUUCGGAUUCUGACGACGAGUCCGAACUUUCUGAUCCUAUGGAUUUAGAACACGAAGAGACCGACGUGGAUGUUGAGAUUGCUGGCUAA